AGGGCCGGGGUGCAGGGGGCGCACCCCAGAGUGAAGGCCUCGGGGGCCCACGGGGUCAGCAGACAGCAGAAAUCCGAACGGUCUGCAGGGGACCCCUGGCGUUGGUCAGCUCCAGGCGGAAGGGAGCGCCCGGCGGCCCCGGCCUGAGCUGAACCCAGCAUGCUCCACGGCCACAGCCCCGUGUUCCAGGCCUUGCUGGGCACCUUCUUCACCUGGGGCAUGACGGCGGCAGGGUCAGCUCUUGUGUUCGUGUUCUCUAGUGGACAGAGACGGAUUCUAGAUGGGAGUCUUGGCUUUGCGGCAGGGGUCAUGUUGGCAGCUUCCUAUUGGUCCCUCCUGGCUCCAGCGGUUGAGAUGGCCAUGUCCGGGGGCUUUGGUGCCUUCGCCUUUUUCCCAGUGGCUGUGGGUUUCACCCUGGGAGCCACCUUCGUCUACCUGGCUGACCUCCUGAUGCCGCACCUGGGUGCAGCAGCAGAAGACCCCCAGAUGGCCUUGGCUCUGAACUCUGACCCCACGUUGAUGAAGAAGAAGUCUGAUCCUGAGGGUCCCACGUUGCCCUUGGUCGAGAGUGAGCUCUCCAUCCGGAUAGGUACAGCUGGGCUUCAUUCAGACAAGAGUGAAAACGGCGAGGCAUACCAGCGGAAGAAGGUGGCGGCUACCGGCCUUGGAGAGGUCCCGGCCACCCUGGUGUCUUCCCGAGGGAACCUGGCACAGCCUGGCGGCAGCAGCUGGAGGAGAAUCACGCUGCUCAUCCUGGCCAUCACCAUCCACAACAUCCCAGAGGGUCUUGCUGUUGGAGUUGGAUUUGGGGCUGUGAAGAAGACAGCAUCCGCUACCUUUGAGACUGCCAGGAAUUUGGCCAUUGGAAUCGGGAUCCAGAAUUUCCCGGAGGGUCUGGCUGUCAGCCUCCCCUUGCGAGGGGCAGGCUUCUCCACCUGGCGAGCCUUCUGGUACGGGCAGCUGAGCGGCAUGGUGGAGCCCCUGGCUGGGGUCUUCGGGGCCUUUGCUGUGGUGCUGGCUGAGCCCAUCCUGCCCUAUGCACUGGCCUUUGCCGCGGGCGCCAUGGUCUAUGUGGUCAUGGAUGACAUCAUCCCAGAAGCCCAGAUCAGCGGCAAUGGGAAGCUGGCCUCCUGGACCUCCAUCCUGGGCUUCGUGGUGAUGAUGUCGCUGGAUGUCGGCCUGGGCUAGCGCCAAGAGCUUCAGACCGUGGGAAAGGCAGCUCUGGGAAACGGCGGUCGGUGGGCUUCCACGGGACCACCCGCCUCUCCUUCCCAUUAAAACAAGUUUCCUCUCCCUCCUGAGGGAUUCUGAUUCUGAUUCUAAUGGAACCAUUGCUCUUUUGCUCUUGAGGGUGAUGCUGGUUUGCUUUGUCAUGGAACUGCAGGCUUUCAUUUUGGCCACUGAUAAUCAAGAGGCAACCCCUGCCUCCGUCCCUACAGGCUCCUUCUGUACACGGACAGCCCCUCAACAUCUCCUGGGCAGCCUGGCCUGGGGACUCAGCAUAGCGGCCAGCACCUCUCCCGAUCCUCCAGUGCUGACCCUGUGGCCACCUCAAACACCAGGUCUGGGGCACCAAGAGCCAGCAAGCUACUGUCCAGCACUGCCCCCACAAGAGGGAUACACCUGCUUCUACCUCCGCGAGAGGGAAGCCACUGCAGAGGGGGCCCACUCUGGCCAGUCUUCCUUCUCCUUCUGGUCUCUUAAGGGAAAGACAGGCAUUCACUGAGGUUAAGGGAACUAGCAAAUCAGGAUGACUAAACAGUGAGCCUUGUGAGAAUGGGGCAGGGUGUGGCCUUGACCAGAGGCCGUGCUGUCCAGGCAGCCCAGCAGCCAGGUGCUCCGUGCCGGCCGUCCAGUCUCCAAGGCGCUCACGUUGAUGUUUCUACACUGCAUUUUCUGCAAGUCUUGGGGUCCCCAGCACACUGUUGGAUAUCAAGCCCUUCACUGAUGCUUAGAGUGAGCCCUAAGACACUGGAAUAAGCCACGGGUCCUUCCGCAUUGGUCACUGGCUAAAUUAUCACGUGUGUGAGACUCGCCAAGCUGCAGUGGGCUUUGCUGGAGUCGGCCAGCAGGGAUUCGGGAGGGAACAAGAAGAAGAGAUAGUUUUGACAUUUCCCACUUAGCAUGUUAUCAUUCCGAUUAGACCCUGAAGAAUGACUGAGCCAGACUAGAAGCCAACCUCCUUGUUCAUAUCCACAGCUUCUCCAAGCAAGGUGACAUGCCACGUGUGUCCCCAGCACAGUGAGGGCCUGCCAUCCCCAGAGCUCAAAGGAGCCACACAGGGCUGUGAGCGGCCCCUGCACUGAAGGCGGGCAGCCCAGGAGCUGGCCGGGUGGGCCUGGUGCCCUCCCGAGUUUGCACGCCCACCUGCUCCCCAGGGUGAGUCUUCUGCCCUGGACUCCAGCCUGGGCCACCGUAUGUUCUUCCAAACCAUUCACGAUCAAAGCUGAAGAUGCGCUCCGAGGAGUGGCUGGUGCAGUUGUUGCUCUGGGGGCUGGCCUGGUUAUACAUUUGAUUUUUUUAAUGUCUUUGUAGUUCUCCGUAAUGCCAAUGUAUGCUUUCUGCUGGACCAGACCUCAUAACUGUGAUUCACGUUAAUAAACAUAUGGUUGCAGAUGA